AACUCAAUUUCAAUCUCUUCACAAUCACCGUCGCCGGAGGAAACCAAAUCAGCCGGAAAUCAUUUCUCAGACUCAAAAGCAGGAAGAGCAGCAUCACCUCUCUCUCUCUGUCUGUGUUCUUUUCAAGGUUGCAGUUGGGAAUGGAAGGAGAGGAGCUUACAGAGCAGGAAACUGCAUUGUAUGAUCGCCAGAUUAGGGUUUGGGGUGCCGAUGCUCAAAGAAGGUUAACAAGAGCUGCUAUUCUUGUCUGUGGGAUUAAUGGAACUACAGCUGAGUUCUGCAAGAAUAUUGUCUUGGCCGGAGUUGGAAGUCUGACAUUGGUGGAUGACAGGGAAGUGUCUGAAGAAGCUCUGUCAGCCAAUUUUUUGAUUCCUCCAGAGGAGAGCCUCUAUAAGGGCAAGACUCUUGCAGAGCUAUGCUCUGAUUCUUUGAAAGACUUCAAUUCCAUGGUCUGUGUUUCAGCCGAGAAAGGUGAUAUAUCGAGCUUCAGUGGAGAUUUUUACUCAAAGUUUGAUGUGGUUGUAGUUAGUGGUUGCACUCUCACUACUAAAAAACUGAUCAAUGAGAAUUGCAGAAGGUUGUCCAAGCGUGUAGCAUUUUAUAGUGUGGAUUGUAGAGAUUCAUGUGGGGAAAUUUUUGUUGAUCUACAGAACUAUAAAUACACAAAGAAGAAACUCGAUGAAGCUGUUGAAUGUGAACUGAAGUAUCCAAGCUUCGAGGAAGUCAUUGCUGUGCCAUGGAGUAAGCUACAUAGGAAAAUGUCCAAGCUCUUCUAUGCUAUGAGAGUUAUUGAAAAGUUUGAAGAAACACAUCAACAAAUGGGCCGCAGUUCCGGUGAAAUUUCAACUGCAGAUCUUCCUGCUGUUUUGAAUCUCAGAAAGCAGCUGUGUCAAGCUCAGUCACUUAGAGAGUCUCAAGUUCCUGAUGCUUUAUUAGAAAGACUAGUAUCUGGUCGGGGAGAAUUCCCGCCCGUUUGCGCCAUUCUGGGGGGUAUCCUUGGACAGGAGGUAAUCAAAGCAAUAUCGGGCAAAGGAGACCCACUGAAGAACUUUUUCUUCUUCGAUGCUUUUGACGGGAAAGGUGUUAUAGAGGACGUAUCAAAUUCUGAUGCUUGAAGCUUCUCCAAGAUCGCCCCAAUUGUGUCAUGGAGCUCCUCUUAAUUCGACAUGGACUAGUUCUUCUUGAUACCUUGAGAUAAGCUUAAGGAUGUGGGCCCUAUGGAAUAUGUACCGCUGAUGGAUGUUGAGAUGCUCUCCUUGGGGAGAAACUAAUUGUCACUUUAGAUUGUAGUCUCACUAGAAUUAUUUGGAGGUGAUUUGAAUUUUCUGCUAUCGCGAGAUAGGUCGGUUAUGGUGAAUACUCUUGACAAUCUUCCCUAAGCUAUCCUUUUUAAGAACCAAAUUGAAACAAAUCAUCUGUUCUCAGCA